AUGCUGGUGCACACAUACGCCGCCAUGGAGCGCCCCGACGGGCUGGGCGCAGCGGCCGGUGGGGUCCGCCUGUCCUCUCUGCCCCAGGCGGCCUACGGGCCCGCGCCGCCGCUCUGCCACACUCCCGCCGCCGGGGCCGCUGCCGACUUCCAGCCGCCCUACUUCCCGCCGCCCUACCCGCAGCCGCCUCUGCCCUACGGCCAGGCGCCCGACGCCGCCGCCGCCGCCUUUCCGCACCUGGCCGGGGACCCCUACGGCGGCUUGGCACCCCUGGCGCAGCCCCAGCCUCCGCAGGCCGCCUGGGCCGCGCCCCGCGCCACCGCCCGUGCCCACGACGAGCCGCCCGGCCUGCUGGCACCGCCCGCCGGAGCCCUGGGCCUCGACCCGCGCCGCGACUACGCCGCUGCGGUGCCCCGGCUGCUGCACGGCCUGGCCGACGGCGCGCACGGCCUCGCGGACGCGCCCCUCGGCCUCCCCGGGUUGGCAGCGCCGCCUGGUCUCGAAGACCUGCAGGCCAUGGAUGAGCCAGGAAUGAGCCUCUUGGACCAGUCCGUUAUCAAGAAAGUCCCCCUCCCCUCGAAAGCCAGCAGCCUCUCGGCCCUCUCACUGGCCAAAGACAGCCUGGUUGGUGGCAUCACGAGUCCCAGUGAAGUCUUCUGCUCCGUGCCAGGCCGCCUCUCACUGCUCAGCUCGACGUCCAAGUACAAGGUGACCGUGGGGGAGGUCCAGCGGCGACUCUCACCUCCCGAGUGCCUCAAUGCCUCCCUCUUGGGGGGUGUUCUUCGCAGGGCCAAAUCCAAGAAUGGGGGGCGAUGCCUAAGGGAACGGCUGGAGAAGAUCGGGCUCAACUUACCCGCUGGUCGCCGCAAGGCUGCUAAUGUGACCCUGCUGACUUCACUGGUGGAGGGAGAGGCGGUGCAUCUGGCUCGAGACUUCGGCUAUGUGUGUGAGACUGAGUUCCCAGCCAAGGCAGCUGCUGAGUACCUGUGCCGACAGCAUGCUGACCCUGGAGAAUUGCACAGCCGCAAGAGCAUGCUACUGGCUGCCAAGCAGAUCUGCAAGGAGUUCGCAGACCUGAUGGCUCAGGACCGCUCGCCGCUGGGCAAUAGCCGCCCAGCACUCAUCCUAGAGCCCGGGGUGCAGAGUUGCCUGACACACUUUAGCCUCAUUACCCAUGGUUUCGGUGGCCCCGCCAUCUGUGCUGCCCUCACAGCCUUCCAGAAUUACUUGCUGGAGUCCCUCAAGGGGCUGGACAAGAUGUUCCUAAGCAGUGCUGGCAGUGGACAUGGUGACACCAAGGCUUCAGAGAAGGAUGCCAAGCACCGGAAGUAAAACUUUCUUCAGCUCCGAGCUCAAAGGGCUCCCGUGGCCUGAAAUGAAGUCUUAUCUCCUGGGGCAGGCCUGAAAGGAUUAAAAGAUGAAGUUGGAAUCAGGCUUG